AUGAAGCAGAGACGCCUGAAGGAGAAGUGGGAUGUUCGGAUACAUCUUUCGGAGAGAAGCCCAAGGACAAAUGGAGUAACUUCGACCCGACUGGGCUUGAACGAGCUGCAAAAGCUGCGAGGGAACUUGACAGAUUACGUUAGUGCAGUUAUUAUCACAUUGUCAUGUGAUUUUUUAAAAAGCUUCUUGUUCUUGGUGUGCAUACUUUGUGUUGUGAGGUACAUUUACAUUUUAGUCAUUUUAGCAGACGCUCUUAUCCAGAGCAACUUACAGUUAGUGAGUGCAUACAUUUUUAAAAUAUUUUUUUCAAUCUAAUGCAAAUAUGCCAUUGCGAUAUCGUUGCAGAACAUGAACAAUGAAACUUUGGAACAACUGACAACUGCAACAAAGUAUACAUUUAACAUCAAUCAACUAUAUAAAGUAUGGCAUGAACUAGAGUCGACUGGAUCAACAUACUGUCUGCGACAGGCUUUGGUGGGCAUGUCAGUGAUUGAAAGAACAGAGUGUUCUUCAUGGGGAUGUUGUCUGUCCUCCCACUUGUUCAAGAUCACAUUCCCGUCGAUGUGUGCAAGAGAGCAUGUGUGGCCUGCAUCUAGACCAGGGAUGGGCAACUUUUAUCUGAACUCAUCAUGAGUGUCCGCAGUGAAUUGAGGGUCUGCGUCUCUUGACAGCAGACAGAAAAAAAUUGAAGUUUGAGAGUCAAUUUCCUGCAAUUCUACACAUUUUGCCAUGGGGUGUAGCGAAACUUUUGAGGAACAGAUGUCCAAAGCUUGCGACUCAUGACAGUAAAAGUGGUAUGGUUUGUGAAUGAAUGGCAAAAAUGUUGCCAUAAUUCUUGAAGCUAAAUAAUUAAUGUUGUUCCGCAAAGGAACAGUCAGCAUCUCUACAAAAAUGUUUGGAUGCGUGUCAGCUCAUGCGUUUUACUUUUCACUUUCAAAUGUCUGCCUUCUAUCUAGUUGCAUAAUUUUGUGUUCUGGAAAAAAAUCUAGUGUUAUCCUUAUGAUCUUCCCUGUCCUAGACAUUCCAAUACUGUCAUCUGCUUUUCUAAACAGGAACACGUGGGUUCUAAUUUCUAGAUAUUCAUCCAGUCUGUCGCUGGGAAUAAUGAGAUUUGGGUUGAAGUAAAACGGUUGUCUGUCCUGUUUGGACCCCAGGAAGAGAGCCUUGGCAGCAGCUAAUCGGGAUCCCUAUAAUAAAUACAAAACCUACUACCUAGUCCUCUCUGAAAACAUGCUUUAAUCCCAUUCACCAACAGGAAUAUGAAGCGGCUUUGGAGCAGCUGAAGGGGGAACCAAUUCGUCUCCAGGCAGAGGAAAGGCGGAAAACACUUACAGAGGAAACCAAGCAAAAUCAAGCGGUAUGGGAGUGAUUGAGAGCUGCUGCCAAAGAGUCCUUAACUACAUUCCACUGACUUAAUUCACCAGCCAAGUGUCUAUCUAGUGUUAAGCUAAGUAUGUUGUUAUGGGGAUAAUUUACAUGAUUUUUCUUUAUUGUAUUGCAUCCUAAAUGUUUGCUCAUGCUUCAAAUUGUUCUAAGGUGUGUUCUGUCUCUAUUUCCUCGAGGGUACAGUAUCAAGACAAACUUGCCAGACAGAGAUAUGAUGAUCAACUCAGGCAACAGGUAAGCUCUCUGUUCUCUGAUUUCUGUUGAAUCUCAGCCCAGCUAUGGAGAAACACAAAAAGAGACUGGAGUGGGACCCAUGCUGAUGGAAAAAGGCCAAGAAUGAGAAAUAUGGCUAAGUCAUAUGUUCACCGUGUGUUUUGUAUUUGCAGCAAGCCCUCAAUGAGGAGAACUUGCGCAAGCAAGAGGAAUCAGUCACAAAGCAGUAG